AUUAUUAUCAUUAACCUCACCAACGUUAUAAUUAUUUGACACAUACUUGUAUAUCAGAUUGAUGGACGUUUGUGACAGAAGUGUUUUCUCAUGCAAAUAGAAUGGGUUUGAUAGACGACUGCAACGCCCAGACAAACUUCUGUAGGUCUCUUCCUAUUGGUGCUCGGUGGGUCACAUGACAUGUCACUAAGGUGAUAUGAGCUUGGUAGGAACUUUUUCAGCUUUGACAUACGGCCCAGAGGUUGUAGGGCACGCGGAACAGCCAUUAACGAGGACAGAUCCAUUGCCAUCAAUUCUGCCUGAACAACCCAAGAAUGAACUCCUACCUUGAUUACACGAUUUACAACCGCGGGACAAACGCCUUCGGUUCCAGGGUUGGAUGCCACCCAAUGGACCAGGGAUGCAUGCCCUCUUUAUCUCCAGGCUCUUGUGCAACCAGUGAUAGUUACAGUACCGAGGGACGGCUCGCCAUAGGUGCGAAUCCUGCCUCGGCGUUACAUCAGCACCAAGGCACGACCUUCUCACAUCACCAGCACACACCGCACCACGUGAACCUGGGUCUUCAAGUGGUUUCGAGUGGGAACCCUACUUACAGCGCACAGGUUUGUCCGAACGUAGACUAUGGACACCAUCAAUACGUUUUGGGUCAGGAGCAGGAACUGAUGUUCUCCACAUCUGAAUUCUCCAUUCCAAACAUGGGAGCAAACGUUGGCUCUUACGCCCAGGGCGCCCCUGGGCCAGUGCCUAGUAGUCAAUAUCAGACAACUCGGUGUGGAGAGCAGGACCCAUCGCAAGGAUAUAACAACAUUUACUCCAAAUAUUCGCCUACCCAAAACAAUGACAGUAACGUGAAUUGUAACUCAGAACAAACUCAGUUCGGGAAAACUUUCGAUUGGAUGAAAGUUAAGAGAAACCCACCAAAAACAGUUAAAGUCACUGACUACGGAAUCCACGGACAACAGAACAUCAUCCGGACCAAUUUUACUACAAAGCAACUGACCGAGCUGGAGAAGGAAUUUCACUUCAACAAGUACCUGACGAGGGCCCGCAGAGUGGAGGUGGCUGCCUCUUUGGAGCUCAACGAAACACAGGUCAAAAUCUGGUUCCAGAAUAGAAGGAUGAAGCAGAAAAAGCGUGAGAAAGAAAGCAGGCCCUCUGUCGCCCUUGUGAAAAGGGGCUCCGCCAGCGACACGGGAAACAACACGGAUAACUCGACCACUUCGUCCCCAAGUGGGUCACCAAGCUCGGACACAUCACUUCUAAGCUGAUUUAUGCAAGUAACGUUAGAGCAUAUGGACAUUUAUAUUAACUUCAUAGAAGUAAAGCCUUCGGACUUGACUUUUACCUUCGGCCCUAUUGGAGAGGAAGCGGGUUUUAAGUGCACAUUUGUCAGAUGCACUUUGGUGUCUGAAGUUGUGGAAAUGAGGCUCCCAUUGAUGCUAAAUACAGAUUGCACAUUAUGUUUACCAUGUAACAUUGUUGUUUACUUGGUUGUGGACUCUACAUUGUUACACUAUUGCAAUGCUCAGUGAGAAAGUUUGCACUAGGCUACAUGCUGUAUUUGUGUGUGUGUGUGUGUGUGUGUGUGUGUGUGUGUGUGUGUGUGCAUGUACGCAUGCAUGUACAGAUGUGUGUUUGAGAAUGAGAUGGAGAGUCUGUGUAAUCAUACACAUGUUCAAGUGACCAAACUCCAAAUUAAUUUUAUAUAAAAAAGACUUGUAAAUAAAUUGUA